UAUUAUUUACUUAGUCGUCUUUCGAACUGCAUUUAGAAAUCUGGAACAAUUUAGGAUUUUUUCAAAAUAAAGUGUGCUGUGAUAGUUACGAUAGUUGGUAGUUAAUUCACUAAAAUACAAUUUUUGUGUUGUUGCUAUUCAAAUACUAAAAAAGAUUUGAAGGAAAAGGACAAAAAUUAAAUGAACAAUAGUUCUCAGGCACAUUCUAACUUGACCGACAAAGAACAUGAGAGUUCGCGUUGUGACAAGAUAAGAAAAAAAAAUCAGGAGGCAUCAGAAGCUGGAACUUUCGAUACGGAAAAAACGACACAGAUGAGCAUAAAAAACAAUAUUGCAAAUAAUCAACAAAAUAUCGGCGAUUCUCAAAACAGUAGUUUCAAAAACAGUGAAGAAGAUUCAAAUUCAAUAACUUCUAGAAUGGAAAAUCUCAUGCAUACAGAUCAAGUGUUUGAUUCAGCAAUGUCAAGAAAGGAAGUUAGAAAAAUGGCUAUUCAAGAGAUGAAACGAAUUGGGUACGCAGUAAUGAUUGCAAAAUCAGGAAAGUUUGCGAAGAAGUAUGCUUCUUCAGCACCUUACCAUUUAUUUUUCACGAGAGUCGAAAAUUCCCAAGAGACUCAUAAUCAACAGUUCUCCAUAACUUUCUCCGAGAUUCUCGACCGUAGUCUUGGAGAAAUUGUUAACAGUCUUCAUUUAACUUUUAUGGUAGAUGUCAAAUGGUUGUAUUUGCAGUAUUUGUUGGCUGGUCAACGUACCAAUAUGACAAUUCUGUGUAAACAUAGAACAUAUCAUGAAGAAUUAAAUGAAAAUGUUACUAUAAUAAAGGUAGAAGGCCAGCGCGAUCAGUUCUCUAGUCAUCAUGCGAACAUCAUGAUUCUACAAUAUAAAGAUGGAAUUAGGGUGAUUGUUUCUACUGCUGGCUUAUAUUCUGUCGAUUGGGAAAACAGGACACAAGGAUUGUGGAUCUCGCCUCAUCUGCCUUACCUGCCAGAAUCCGCAAAGCUUAGUGAUGGAGAAUCUCCAACGGGUUUUAAAAAGGAUCUCGAGCGAUAUCUGAGUAAAUAUGAGCAACCGGCUUUAACGCAGUGGAUAUAUGCAGUACAGAUGGCGGAUUUUUCUGAUGUAAAUGUGUUUCUCGUCGCUUCUGUUCCCGGAAUUUAUGAAGCUGUUGAAGCCAACUUUUGGGGAUACAGGAAAUUGGCACACGUUCUAUCGUGCUAUGCCACGCUACCAGAUGCACAAUGGCCUAUAGUCGCACAAAGUUCUGGCGUAGGCUGCUUUGGUUUAUUCGAAAAUUGGUUAUUGAAAGACAUAAUUUGGUGUAUGUCGAAGGAGACUUCUAAAGAUUCAAAGAAUCAUCCACAGUUUCAGUUUAUUUAUCCGUCAAUAGAGAAUUAUAAGCAAAGCUUUGAUUGUCAACAUUUAAUUACUCCCUUGUCGUACAAAGCAGAAAAUCAUUCUAAACAACAGUGGCUAGAAUCAUAUUUAUAUCAAUGGAAAGCUACGCGAACAGGACGAGAUUGUGCGAUGCCUAAUAUUAAAUCCUAUACAAGGAUUUCGUCCGAUUCGAAAAGCAUUCCCUGGUUUGUGCUCACCAGCGCAAAUCUGAGCAAAGCCGCAUGGGGAUCAACCAAACAAUAUAAAGGUUAUAGUAUAGGAAACUACGAGGCUGGCAUCAUAUUCAUACCAAAAUUUAUCACUGGAACAACAACAUUUCCUGUUGGAGAAGAAAAAACGCCUGGUACAGACGUUCCAGUAUUUCCGAUCCCAUACGAUCUUCCAUUAAGCAAAUAUGAAUCGGGCGAUAGUCCUUUCAUCGACAAAUUUGUCUAGACUGAAUUUAAUAUUUCAAAUGAUAACACUAGUGUUUUUUAUCUGUUUUAAAUGAGGAUGAAAUAUUUUUGCAUUCGUUUGUAUUGUACAUUAUUAGUUGAAGGAACAGGGCGCCGGUAAAUCAAUUUAUUCUUAUAUUUCAUGUAAUAAGGGUUGGGAAUGUUACUUU